GCUAUAAGCUCGGUAGACAUUACCCAUUUACGAGUUGUGUAUCUUCAUGGUUGUUUCCUUUGGAUUGUAAUAUUUAACUUAUUGUCGGAUUCAAAUGUACGUUUCUUGAGCACGAUACAUGCUUCCAUAUCUCUGGAUGUCCGUAGCCUCUGCAUCGUAUGACUCUUGCCCCAAGAUACAAAGCGGGUACACGCCAUCCACGUCUUUACAUCGCAUUGCAAGGGCCAAUCCAAGGUAUGCAAAACGUCGUGGACGAGGUGAAGUCACAAGUACGCAUGAAGGCGUGCUUGGUUAUACUAGGCGUAUUUCCCCUGACUCGUGCAACUGUUGCAUGCAUUUGAUUCCGAGUCUGUUGCAUAUCGAUCAUAAAUGAAUCAGUUAAAGAGAAAUUCGUAGGUCCCAACAUUCUUGGUACACGUCUACUAAAGGUUGUAUAGCGAUCGCCGUU